AUGUUGUCUCAACACUCUGCUCCCCGCGGUACCCUCACUGUUCGUGUCAUCGAAGCCGAAAACUUGAAGAACGAGGACACCUUUGGCCACAACGAUGCCUUUGUUGAGCUCUGGCUUGACAAGGAAUACAAGCAACGCACCGAGGUUCUCAAGAACGCCGAUAACCCAGUGUGGGACCAAACCUUCACCUUCCCCAUUGAAGAGGGUUCCAGCAAGCACAAGAUCUACCUCAAGGUCCUUGACAAGGAUACUUUGGAUACGGAAAAGAUUGGUGAAGGCAAGCUUGACAUCACCACUGCUUUUGAAGGCAAUGAGAUCGAUGAAUGGGUUGAGCUUCCCGCUCAUCUUCACCUUUCUGACCACGGCAAGGUCCACCUCAACGUCACCUUCCAAGCCGAUGCUUAA